AACCGGAAGACAAAGCAACAGAAAGUAAAAGUAUGUGAACAACAUUGAUAUAAUGCAUCAACGAAAAUCAAAGUGAAGAAAGAGUCAAACUCGACGAUCGGACGUGUGAGAUUCAUGUGUGGAAGAUCAUCAGAAGAGUAAAUGAGAAGAUUCGCUGAGGAGACAUGAGGAGAUUUAACGCGUGUUUACUGUCAAUCGUCAUAUAUAAUGUGUGUAAUGACAGAGAUAUUCAUCUUCAUCUCUCUCAUUCACACGGGCUUAUGUAUGGACAUCCCCGCUCCUGUAAAUCUGAGCAUAUCCUCUGAAUAUUUAGUUCACUUAUUGUCCUGGAGUUUGGCACCAGGCACCCCUGCUGGUGUUCACUACACAGUCAGCAUGCGCUCACUCAGCAGUAGCAAUGUGAUGCUGGUGAAGGGUUGUGAGAAGGUGACGUCUCCUCUGCAGUGUAAUCUUACAGAAGCGUUCUCUGACCCGUUUGAAACCUAUUACACCAGCGUAUCUGCUGUCCUGAGGAAGCGCACGUCACCCCCGGCUCACUGCAGCCCCUUCAAACCCGUCGUGAACAGCACGCUGGAGUCUCCGCUGGUGUCUGUCAGCGUCUUGAACACAUCUCUGCGUGUGAGCCUCCGAUCACCUUCUCCUGGUCUUCAUGGCAUCUAUAACUCCUUCAGCUUUAUCUAUAGACUCGCCAUCACCAUUGAGGAUGGACCUGAGUUUCAUCAGGAAGUCAAGGGCUUACGGAACCUGACUGUGAACGACCUGACGCCCGGCCGCAGAUACUGUGUGAACGUCAGCAUCAUUAAUCACAAAUACUCCAGCAGACCUGCGGUGUGUGUGUCCAUUCCUAAAACUGACAACAUCUCAGUUACAGAUGUACUGAUGGCUCUGGGUCUCUGUCUGCCGAUGGUGCUGAUGGUGCCGAUAGUCAUGUGGGUCACUCCAAGAUUUCUCUCUCACUUCCUGUUUAAAAAAGUAGAUCUGCCUGAAGUUCUGAAGUCUUUUAAGAAUCAUCAUCAAGUCUACCGGGUUCUGCUCAUCCCCUCUGAAUCCAUCAGCACGCUGACAGAGGACACAGACGCUCUCCAGAAGAUGAAGAUGAACACGGAUGAACAUGAAGAGACAGAUGGAGAUGCUGAAGAGGACGGCGUGAUGUACGAGAGACUAGCCACACAACAUCUUCCAGCUCCAGACACGUGCUGGUCUUCUGCUCUUGUGUCCGAAUCAUCCCCCGUGAAGCCGAGUUCAGGGGUCCACGAGUCCUCGGCGGAUGUCCAGAGCUCCGGCUGUAGUGGCUCUGAGGGAGACGGUGUCAGUGAUUCUCAUCAUCUCCUCGCAGAAACACGAGCGCUGAUCAAGUGUGUGGACGAGCCCAACGGAGCUGCGCUGGAGGAGGAAGAUGUCAAUCUGUGUUCAGUCAUGUUACAUCACGACAGUACACAUGACUUUGAGCUCAUCGCCGACUCGUUUGACACGCCUGUCAACAUGCACAUGUCUGACUGUGAGCAGGAGAGCGAGGAGGAAUAUUCGGAGUACUUGAGUCGAUCCUAGCGCUUUUAGUUGAAUAGAAAUGCUGGGGGGUGAUUUGAUUUGAUUUUUGUAUCAAGUUCAAGCAUUAAACGCGCUCUUCGCUGUAUUAUAAACGUAGUGACAGUAUCUGAUAUUAAGCUGUUGUGUGGGUGCUGUCUCACCUCUGUUACAGUUGUUACGGUGAAAACAGGCAGUUUAUUGACAUUUUGUUUAGCCAAUGAAAGAUGACUUUGACUGAUUUCCUUCUGUGAAACAUUUCUUUUAGCCACAGUAAAUGUGAUGUUGCGACAGGCCUAGAGUUUUUUAAGCCGUUUGUUUGUUCCAGGUUAUGUUCAUGAGUGUUGUGUGGAUGUGUUGUUACUGACAGUGGCGCAUCUGACUGAGUUCAGAUCAAACCAACAGUGUUUCUACAGACACAGCGUACGUGUGUGUUUCUGAACGCCAUUUAUGAAUCAAUGGACAUUUCAACCUCACUGUAAAGAUUUCAUUCAUGAAAAUAUUUCUGAAUUAAAUAAAGUUCGAUGUAGAACAGAUUCUAUAAAUGAAUGACUGGAAUUCUGUUAUUCACCCUCA